AUGGACGUGGAACAUUCUCCCAACCCGCGCGCGCCAACGCCCGAUAAGAACGCUGACAACAAUGCCCCCUCCCUUUCCUCAAGCCGCUCCGCCCUCGAGGCCGGCGACACCGACAUCCUGGGCGGGGAGAAGCUGGACGCGGUCCUCACCGCAAAAAUGGCCCUGGUCAACGACGCAAUCGACGAAAUCGGCUUCACCCCCCACCAAGCCAAGCUCUUCUGCCUCAAUGGCUUCGGAUACGCAGUCGACUCGCUGAUUCUCCUUCUCCAAUCGAUUGUCGCGACGCAGGCGAUGCUCGAGUUCCGGCCGGCUUUCGAUACAGGAUUAACCAUCGCGGUGUAUGUGGGGAUGCUGGUUGGGGCGCUGUUCUGGGGCUUCUCGGCGGAUGUGAUCGGGCGGCGCUUCGCGUUCAAUGUGUCGCUGUUCAUCUCGUCGGUGUUUACAAUCGUUGCGGGCGCGUCGCCGAAUUGGAUUGUCCUGGGUCUGUUUACGUGUCUCAGUGCGUUUGGGGCUGGGGGAAAUCUGGUGCUGGACACCGCGGUCUUCUUGGAGUACCUGCCCAGUCGGCAUUCGUGGUUGGUGACGCUGAUGGCGGCGUGGUGGGGCGUCGGGCAGUUGAUUGCGGGUUUGAUUGCGUGGGCGUUUAUGCCGAAUUUCUCGUGCGCUGAUGCGGCUUCUUGCACGUACGACAACAACCAGGGCUGGCGCUAUGUCUGGUAUACCUCGGGCGCAUUUGUGUUUGUCCUGUCGAUUCUGCGAGUCACGGUCGUCCGACUGCAGGAAACGCCCAAGUUUUUGGUUUCAGAGGGCAAGGACGAGAAAGUGGUUGCGGUGCUGCAGGAGAUUGCGGCCAAGUAUCAGCGCCCGUGCAGCCUCACCAUGGACCAGCUCAGGGCGCUCGGAGAGACCCCAACGCGCGCUUCUGGUACUCGCCGUUCGUUCCAGAUCAUCUUGGUGUCGGAGCUCGGUUAUCACCUCCGCGGACUGUAUGCGACUCGGAAGAUGGGCCUGUCGACGAGCCUAGUCUGGCUGUCGUGGCUGCUCAUCGGCCUGGCCUAUCCGCUGUUCAACGUUUUCCUGCCCAAGUAUCUUGCGUCUCGCGGUGCUGAGUUUGGCGAAGACAGUCCGUACAUUACCUGGCGGAACUAUGCGAUCACCAACAUGUGCGGCAUCUUCGGUCCCAUCCUGGCUGGCUUCAUGUGUCGCCUGCGGUGGUGCUGGGGCCGGCGAGGCACCAUGAUCUUUGGCGCGCUCAUCACGAUGGUCUUCUUCUUCUGCUACACGCAGGUGCGCACGGCCGAUCAGAAUGUGGCCUUUACCUGCAUCAUCAACUUCUGCCUCAACAUUUACUACGGGACGUUGUACGCCUAUACGCCCGAGGUCCUCCCAUCCGCCCAUCGGGGCACAGGCAACGGCAUUGCGAUCGGACUCAAUCGGAUCAUGGGGAUUGUCAGUGCAGUGGUCGGCAGAGAAGCAGAUACGAGCACCUCGGUCCCGCUGUACAUCUGCGCCGCUUUGUAUAUCGUCAUGGCCAUCAUCGCCGGGGCCUUUCCCUUCGAGCCGCUCGGUCGGCGCAGUAGCUAG